GGGAGCAUGACGAAGGAGGCUACGCCUCACACCUCCCCUCCCUUCCCUGUCUGCAGCGCCAGACAGCAUUGCACCGGCUGCUGUGUAGGCUGAAUGGAGGCUCAGGCAGACUCCAGUGCUGCAGAGCUCAACAGACAGAAAGAUUUUCAGAAACUUCUCAAGUCAUCCAGCUCUGCCAGUCUCACUACUGAGGUGUCUCACAAUGCUGCAGGAGAACAUGUCGGGACCCCUGGGCACCACUGCAGCCAGGUCCUGACCGCAGAGAGACGGCAACCGCUGAGCAGCGUGUCGUCUCUAGAGGUUCACUUUGAUCUGCUGGACCUGACAGAGCUGACCGACAUGUCUGAUCAAGAGCUGGGAGAAGUGUUCGCUGAUUCAGAUGAAGAGAAUCACAACGAAUUGCCAGCAAAUCAUCAGCCACCGUUGCCUCGUUUCCCUCAUGGCGGUUACGUCCGAUCGCCCUCCUGGACCCGCGGGUGCAAAGGGGAGCAGCAACCUAGAGACAGGAAGCAUCACAGCGACUCAGAGAACACUGAGCCUUUACUAAAGAUUGAGCGUUCCCAAUCACAGCAGCCCUGAGCCACGGCCAGCUACGUGGGCUCAGAGAGGACGCGCCGUCCUUGUCCGGGGGAUGAAGAUUCCUUCCCAAGGAAGCGAUGAGGGAUCUCUGAAAGGACACAGAGACCCCCUUGCUCAAGAUACAGCGAUCAUUCUGCCUAAACGAGGCAAAUCGAGCCAAUAGAUAACAUCGAACGGUGAUAGAAGAGUGGGCUCAUCAGGAAAUGCAAAAUUUCUCCUCUAACCAGCAAUCAAUGGGAAGUGUAUCAGCGAUACAGUUUUCAGCAUAGCUAUGUGACGAACUGGCAGCAUGACCUCAUGAAGCUUUCUGGCACGUUCUGUGUGUCCUAAGAUCAUUUUAACAGAGAAGAACUGACCUAAGGAGCUGUCAGGAAGUGAUGUGUUAAUGAGUGAGGCAAUUCAUCAACAGCAAGUUUGUUCUGGGACAAAACAAAACACCCCAAAACCCUCACCUGCAUUAACAUACACAUAGACUAGCUCUUGAAUAAUUUAAGAGGAGAAUUAUAUCAAACUAAACUAUUCUAUUUUUCAUCCAAAUUGUUCCCACAAAGUGUUUCGAGUUCGAAUUUCCAAUUCCAAAAGAUUAAAUGAACAACAUGGCAUUCAACUGUGUGAAACUUUUUCACCUGAGAAUUUAUAAAACACUCUGACCCUUACAGGUUAUUACAGGGUUAAAUGUUACGCAUGUUCAAAACAGGGUAUGACAUUAUACGUGAAGAAACCAUGACAGGUCGAACCAACCAAAAUGAAUAAAGUGUCGAGAAAAUAAAGAAACACGCUGCAUGGUGUUA